CGAAACCUGCAGUCAGGUCCGAGUCUCGACCGACGGACGCGACGCGACCCCCACAGCGCCGCUCGUGCGCGCUUUGAAUAUGUGCAUACACACAUAGGUGGAUGCGUACAUUUCCACGGAGGGAAAAAUGGAUCGUUUGAAAGAUGCGGAGAUUGCCGUUAUGCGGCCAUGGGGAAGAGCCGGGGUUGUGACUGGGCGCAUGGCAAGGCGAACCGUGAGACGGUUGGAGAGGCGUCGACUAUUUUUUUUUUUCCUUUCCUAAUGUCGUUCUCCUUGAAGCAUCCAUCACCUACCUAUGGCAUAUAUUCUGAGGUACCGAGGCACUUGGCCAAGUACGACGCAACGCGAAUACGUGCAGCUCGGCCGAGAUGGCGUCUCGCUCUCUUGUUCUUCUUCUUCCUUCCCUCGCUGCACAUGAACGUGGACCUUGCUGGAUGCAGACUUGGGAGACGAAGAAAAGCAGUAAACGGAGUGCACACGUUACAGGAAACCCUCUUCCGCGCGUCUUGUCUGCUGUACGUACAUGUCGGAUUUGGUGAUGUGGGCUGCAUGACUCGAGAUGCCCAAGUCAGCCUAGCGCACCAUUCAGUAGCCCCUCAACACCAUUCAUCAUUGCUGUUAGCAGACCAAGGGCAGACAGACAGACAGACAAACACGCAUUCCAUCAUGACCGCAAGGGACCAAGCGCGGGAAGGGGUCCAGCAAGGUGCUGCUGUGCCGGAGCUGCCCGGCUGGCACGCGCGCACCGUCUCUCGCAGGCCUUGCUUUGUAGACGCCAGAUCACGGUAA